AUGCAGAACGUCUCUUCUCACAAACAUUUCAUCCUCGAUGGCUUCAGUGAACUGGGAGCGCUGAGGCCCGUCCUCUUCGUCCCUUAUUCCAUAAUGUUUGUUGUGUCGCUGUCGGCCAACUCCUUGCUGCUGUACGUCGUCAUUUCACAGAGAAGCCUCCACUCGCCGAUGUACAUCCUCAUCGCCGGCAUGGCAUGUGUGGACCUGAGUCUCCCGCUGUUCUUCGUCCCCCACAUGCUGCUGAGCUUCCUGUUUGACUGGAGGGGAAUCUCUCUGAUUGGCUGCCUGGUUCAAAUGUUUUUCAUUCACUCUUUAGGAGCUUAUCAGUCGACGUUGCUGGUAUGGAUGGCGCUGGACCGCUACUUUGCCAUCUGCACGCCACUCUACUACCAUGAACGCAUGGCGUUAACGAGAUUCCUCAAGUUCAUCAUCCCGCUAGUACUCAGAAACGUGUUCAUGGACUCGCUGUUAGUGAGCCUGGCAGGAAAGUUGUCUUUCUGCAGAAACGUGAUGAACCACUGUUUCUGUGAGCACAUGGCCUUAGUGGAGCUGGCCUGUGGAAGCACCGCCAUCAACAACCUGGUUGGGUUGCUAGUAGUGUUCCUCAUCCCUGUAGUUGACUUCAUCAUUAUCACUGCCUCCUACAUCAUCAUAUUCAGCUCUGUGCCCAAGUCCGGUGGGUCCGGGGUCAAAGCACUCCAAACGUGCGUCACCCACAUCGUGGUCAUCAUCGUCAGCCUGACCAUCGCACUUGUUGCUUUCCUGUCGUAUCGGAUCAAAAACGGUCUCCCUGCUGAAAGUCGAGUUUUCUUCAGCACCAUGUACGUGCUGUUCCCGAGCUGUUUCAACCCGAUCAUCUACGGCAUCAGAACCGCCAAGAUCCGACAGAACAUCGUGGACACACUGAAGCGCUGUCGUCUUGUCUCAACUGGGACUCAUUCUUAA